GUAGGAAUGGUCCUGCUGCACUGCUCCAGGCCUGUUUGUUUUUGUAAUCACUUUAGUCAUGGCUGAGAGCUGCUCGCACCAGGUGGCCCUAGUGUCCUGUCUCUACACGUCAGUCACAAGGACCGCGGCCAUUGUCAACAUGUCCGUUGAGAAUCGUGUUUGUUUGUCGUCACGGCCACUUGUCUGUCACGGGCCUCACACAUGAGGAUUCCUGUCUCCCUACCUCACAACAAUGUGCCAGUCCUGCCAAUAACCGUCAUCUUUAUGCACGAGAAGCCACCGGGCGGUCAUGCAGCCUGACCCCGAGCUCUGUACCUGUUGACUUGCUUUGACAUCUUCUCCAACUCGUGCAGCUGUCUGCUUUCGUGGGAAGACCGCCAAGCUAAAAGUAGUUUGUUGGGUUAUAUUUUUCUUCUCCACUUGACCCGGACAACCGUUGUCAUCAUUUGUCGCUCGUCGUGCACACUGCAGGCGGGGACUACACAGCGCCAGCUACGUCUACGUCUACGUCCGUGUCAACACCGAGUACAGGUGACAGGUUUACACGGGCGUGUGUGGAACAAAGGACACCCUGACACACUAGGUGAGGGACACGUCAGUGCAGGUCACACGUCUGCUGUCCCACAGCUGUCUGCAGGCCUUAAGGUCUUAUCGACGAUCACAAGAAUAUUUCAGGGAACGACAUCAGACUUGAUAGUAAAUACUUCCGACACCGCAGGUUUGGGAACUUGCCACAACUACAUCCGGUUUAGUUACCUGGUGUCAUGGCAGCUGGCAAGGCUUUGCUUCAUUUCCAUUGGGCGGACUACCUGGUCUUCAGUGCGGUCCUCGUCACUUCCGGUGUCAUCGGACUUUACGCCGCAGUCCGGCACAGGCGCGCCACCGCGCGGCAGCUGCUGACCGGAAACAAGAAACUGCAUGUACUUCCGGUGACGCUGUCGCUGGCUGUGAGCUUUAUUUCCGCUGUUACCAUUCUGGGAGUUCCGACAGAAGCUUACUUCAACAGCGCGGAGUACUGGCUGGUGGGCAUCAGCUACGUCCCGGCGCAGCUUCUCACCUGUCUCUUCUUCAUGCCUGUCUUCUACAGUCUGGAGCUCACCAGUGCCUACCAGUACCUGGAGGUGCGCUUUAACCGAACUGUCCGCCUGAUGGGAUCCGUCACCUUCACUGUCGAGAUGAUUCUUUACAUGGCUGUUGUCAUGUAUGCCCCCGCCCUGGCUCUCAGUCAAGUCACACAGCUGUCAAUGGAAAUAUCCAUCUUGGCCACAGGCCUUCUAUGUACAUUCUACACGGCAUUCGGAGGGAUCAAAGCCGUGGUGUGGACAGACGCUCUGCAGGCUGUGGUCAUCGUGGCCAGCAUGUUGACCCUCAUUACCCAGGGUACAGUCAGUGUGGGUGGCUGGCCGGCCGUCAUGCAGGCCGCACGGCGAGGUGCCCGCUUCACCUGGGAGCUUGACUUGGACCCAGACCCCUUCGUGCGCCACACCUUGUGGACGCUGGUGGUGGGAGGCUGUCUGAUGUCGUUGUCGCUCUACGCCGCCAACCAGGCGAUGCUGCAGCGCUACCUCAGUGUCCAGUCGCUGGCCAAAGCGAGGCUAACCAUCCUCCUACAUCUGCCAGUCUCGGAGUUUUUCCUGGCACUGUCGAUGCUGACCGGCCUGGUCAUGUUUGCUUACUACGAAGGGUGUGACCCCCUUCUUCAAGGGAAAAUUUCGAAAGCAGAUCAGAUGGUGCCACUGUUUGUCAUGCAGACAUUGAGUUUUUUCCCGGGGCUGCCGGGAUUGUUUGUCGCUUGUGUGUACAGCGCUGCCUUGAGCACGGUAUCGUCAGGGGUGAACUCCCUUGCCGCGGUGACCUUAGAGGACUUCGUGAAGCCAGUGCUGGAGAAACGACAGCAAGGGAGACCAUCUGAAAGACUGAUGUCGAUUAUUACUGUUGUUUCUGCUCUCCUCUACGGACUGCUGACCAUCGGACUGGCCUACCUGGCGGGGGUCGUGGGCUCCACCAUUCUACAGAUCGUCCUCAGCAUCUUCGGCAUGGUGGGCGGGCCGCUGCUGGGGGUCUUCGUGGUGGGGCUCUUCUGCCCAUGCGUCAACUCCUGGGGUGCCGGGGUGGGGCUGGUGUGCAGUCUGGCCACCUCCCUGUGGGUAGGCAUCGGCGCCAUACUUACUCGUCAGCGGACUGUGUCCUCACUGCCUCCCCUCAACACACUAGCCUGUCACGUGGCUGACAACGUCACCAACGUCACGUGGUCUGGCCUCCGCGAGCUGACAACAGUCUAUUCGGUGGCGACAGACAAUGUCACAUCGGCGACACCACUGUCACUCAGCCAUGGGCUGGACAAGUGGUAUCAGCUGUCAUACUGGCACUACAGCACGCUCUCUGUCAUCGUCUCCCUCAUCGUCGCUGUCGUUUUGUCAGCGAUGACAGGGUGCAACAAGAAGCGGGACUUAGACCGACGCACGUAUUACGACUUCUUUGACUGGAGUCGUCCUGCACUGACCAAGAGGUCGAAGUGCAGCGCAAAGGAGACUAACCAAACGAUGACAGAGGAGAUGGACACCCACAUGUGAUGCUCAGCCUGGCGGGAGAGAAGCGAAGCAUUUCUUUGUGGUUUGCUAAUGAGCCCCUCACAGAGAGUGGCCUUUGUUGUGUAAACAAGCGGGCCUGUACCUGUGUCAAUGGAGGAGCCGUCCAUAAAGUAUUUACAAACAUUAUUCCAUGCAGACAAGGCCGGGAAGCCGUUGACAUUGUUCAAGGAUGUCUGACUCGGUGUGGAAGCAAUAAACACGAGACCAUCUUCUGCUCACGAUGAUU